CAGCCGUGUACCGACACUGUGGUGUGUGUGAACGUUUUUAUAGCAUAAUUUAAACAGGACUAAACGAGCAGCCCUCUGUCUUUAACGAAUGAUCGUUUCUAACUACAGGGGUGGUGUUUUGAAUAUGUACCUAAUGCGGUUUGGCCUAGUCGGGAAAUGAAAAUGCAGCUAUCGAUUUUAUAAGGAGGUAGGUCAACGUUAGCUGUUAGCUUUGUUAGCCACUCAGGCUUGGCUGUAUGUAAGCACAAAGGCCGUGCGCUGCGCCUCGCUUCCUAACAAUGUACCCCUCUUGGGGAAAUUAUGGUGCACCGCAGUCGCAAAACUAUGGAGGGUCUGGGCCUCGUAAGCAAGUCGGUGCCGGUCACCCUGGCCCGGCUGCCGGGUUCGGUGGAUUCGAGGCCUCGUCCAGCGGCUCGCUCUUCUCCAGCCUACAGGAGCAGCACCUCCAACAGAUGCAGCAGCUAAAAAUGCUCCACCAGAAACAGCUCCAGUCUGUGUUACAUCACGGUAACAGUGCCGGUGCGUACGGUGGUGGGUAUUCGGGAUCGGCGUGGCAUCCCGAGGGCUCAGGACAUUCAGACAGCGGUGCUGGAGCUCAGUCCUACUAUAAACAAGACGAGACUGCGGCUCCGCCGACGAGAGGGCCCCCUGUUCCCAAGCAGGGUCACCAGCAGCCUCCACCUCCUCCACAAUCGCAUCCCACCGAGCCCCAGCCUUGUCCUCCCCCUCCAGAGUCUCCGUCAUCAAAGCCACUAGAGAACAACGGUCCUCCCAAAGCCAAAGAGGCCAACAAGAAGGAUUCAUCAACGACAGAAGACGACAAAACCUUACCUUUGCAGGAACAACAGCAACUUUGGUACAAACAACAUCUUCAGAAUCUACAGAAGUUGAAACAAGAGAAAGCUAAACAGAAUCACAAAGAGGGUGAGGGUCCUGUGCCUCCGGGCCCAUCAAAUCCUCCUCCUCCAUCAGAAUCACCGAAAAGCACACCUCCUCCACCCCCACCAAAAGAUGAGCCCCCAGUACCACCUCCACCCCCUGAGGAAACAAGGUCCGAAGUCGCACAAGACUCAGCGGAGACAGCCCGCCUCCAGCAGUUACAGGCUGCAGCAGCACAGUGGCAGCAGGUGCAACAGCAGAGAGCAGGCUUACAAUACCAGGCUCUCAUGCAGCAGCAUGAAAAGCUUCAGCAGAUCCUAGAACAAUACCAGCAGCUGAUUCAGCAACCUGCAGACCUUCAGUCAAUGUCUGCUGAAAUGCAGUUGAGGCAUUAUGAAAUGCAGAAGCAGAAGUUCACCCCUUUAUUUCAAGACUGGGAUCGCUCAUUUGGCUUGUGGAAUGAGCAAUUCCAGACCUAUCCCCACAAAGACCAACUGCAAGAAUAUGAGCGCCAAUGGAAGCAGUGGCAGGAGCAGAUGAAUGCUACCAAUGCCCACCUUCAAGAACGGGUGGCCAGUCUGACUGCCAUGGUGCCUUACAACUCAGGCCAGUAUAAUAGUGGGAUGAUGGGACAAUAUGGCCAGUACCCUGGACAAGAUCUGCAAAUGCAGCAUACUCCAGUUACUGGUGUUCCCAGAUCUCAAGGUCCACGGCCCCCUGGGUUUGGGCCACGUCAAGAAUCACCUGCUGGACCCCCAGUGAGAGGAGCUGGCCCUGCUGGCAUAGGAGUCAGACCCCCUGUUCCCCCCACAAUUCAGCCAGCAAACUUCAACAGUGUUCGGGGUCCACGAGGAAACAACCCUAGAUUUGACCAGCCACAGCAGCGCUUUGAGGGUCCCCCUCGAUUUGACCAACCACGACACCGUUUUGAUGGUCCUCCCAGAUUUGACCAACCACAGCAACGCUUUGAAAACCCCCCUCGAUUUGACCAACCAAGGCAACGCUUUGAUGGCCCCCCUAGAUUUGACCAGCCUCGAUUUGGGCAGCAGCCUAGGUUUGAACAGCCCCCAAGGCACCCUGGACCUCCGCCUCGUUUUGAACGCCCCCCUGUGCCCCAGCAAAAGCAGCAGCAAGUUCCCCAAACUAAGGCAGAAACGGACACUAAACAACCCUCCAGUAUGGAUUCCAAGACUACGCAGCUACGAUCUGAAAAAGAAAAAAGUGAUUUGGGACCCGAUGAUAAGGUCAAUACUGAAGACCUGACAGAUGACAACUUGCUUGGAAAUGAGGGUUUUUUUGUCCAAAGUGACCCCAUUCCUCAGACUUUGCAGACAGACACAAAGCCUGAGGAAUCAGACUCCAAUAAGGCUUCUGACACUAGUGAAAAUCCCAAAUCUGUUAACAGCAAGCCUUCAGUACCUGCUGCUUCUACUGUGCCAUCAAAAAAUACUGCAGCUGAAAAACCCCUCAAACCAGAGGGACCACUGACAAACAACAAACCCCCAAUGGCUCCAAAGCCCCCAGGAAUCCAACAGGAGCCACAGGCUUCUGGCCAAAUGCAGUCAAGACCAGAGCCUCCAAGGCCUCCCCCUGGUAGGGGACGAGGCCAGCCCCCAGUACCUGUUCAAGUGCAUGGGCGAGGUCGUGGACAGAGGGGCCAUGGAGAUUUCAGGGGCCCGAACACUGUCCCGCAUGGGGAGGAGAUGAGAGAAGUGUCCUAUGACUACAUGCCACCUGAAGAGGACUUGGCGAUGCCAGAAGACCAGCAAGACUAUCACUGGCAGGAUCCUUCAUACAAGGAGUUUGGUGGUGAGGAAUCUGAGGUGCCCCAUGAAGAAAUGUGGAUGCCAGAGGAACAUCACUUCCCAACAGAGGAAGAGUAUUAUGAAGAGCCGAGAGGAGGAAUCCCCAUGGGGAGAGGAGGGCGCUCAAUGAUGAGAGGAGGGCCUGGCAUGGGAAGAGGAGGCCCACCUAUGGGUAGAGGUGGUCCUCCAAUGGGUAGAGGAGGUCCGCCUAUGGGUAGAGGUGGACCACCUAUGGGUAGAGGAGGUCCACCUAUGGGUAGGGGUGGACCACCUAUGGGUAGAGGAGGUCCACCUAUGGGUAGAGGGGGUCCCCCCAUGGGAAGAGGAGGACCACCUAUGGGAAGAGGAGAGCCAAUGGACAGGCACUGGGAAGAAGCUCAAUCAGCAGACUACUCAGAGGAAGGUGACCCUUACUGGGGAGAAAGGAGACCCCCAAUGAGAGGAAUGAGACCCCCCUUUCCUCCUGGCCGGGGCCGUCCCCCACGUGGUCAUCCUGCUUUCUUGCAUCAAGGACGAGGACGUCCCCCUCACCCACCACACGGGCCAAUAGAUCGUGACCCAUUAGGCCAUGGAAUGGGCACUGACAAUACUGAAACUGAUCCAUCACGGCACCCAAUGUACCAUGGACAAGACCCUCACAGCCAUCCGAUGCAUCCUGAUGUAGGAAGAGGCAGGCGUCGUGUACCACCACCGCCCCAUGAAAUGAUGGAUCCUAUGGAGGAGCCAUUGUACGAUGAAGGAAUGGAGAGAGGAAUAGGGUGGCAGCCUCCACAUGCUAGAGGUCGCCCUCUACCUCCACACGAGAUAAUAGAUAGGGGAGGAAUGAGGAGGAGACCUAUGGGUCGAGGAAUGGCAAGAGGUAUGUGGCGGCCAGGUCCAACACAUGAGGAAUAUGAAGAGGGAUAUAAUGAGGGUUACAUGGAGGAUUAUAGUCAUGGGGAAGAUGGGUAUCGCUGGCAACAACCACAUGACCAUCCUCCUGAUGACUAUCAACAUGAGGCCAAGUACUAUGAGUCUGAAUGGGACAGAGAGCGUGCUCCUCCAGAGAGAGAUUAUCCCCCCCGCAUGCCUCCACCAGAGCCCUACAGGGAUGGCCAUUGGCUAGAGGAAAGAGAAAGGGGUCACCCUUAUCCAUAUGAGGAGCACGACAGGGGAAGAGGAGAACUUAGAAUUCGCGAAUACAGGGAAGAGCUACCGUACCGGCAGGAAGAGCCAGCAUACCCGCCACCACCCCCUUCAGAAUGGGACAGACCUUCAAGACUUCCUCCACCACCAGAGAGAGGGUAUCCUCCUGACUAUGAAGAUCACAGACCUCGCUAUGAGGACCGCAGGGAGGAACCUCCUUUAGAUAUACUUCCACCUCCACUCCCGGCUGCAUCUAUGACAAACUUACCAGAGAGCACAGUGGAGUCUGUACCACAAGGAACAAGUGGAGGAAAUGUACUUGCUCUCUCCCAACGUCAGCAUGAGAUCAUCUUGAAAGCUGCUCAAGAGCUUAAACUUAUAAGAGAAAUGCAGGAGGGGAAAGCCACUGGUGCUGAACCUCAGCCUCCACCCCCUGAAAUCUUACCUGAGCUUCCUGCUGGUCUUCUUGGGUUGGAGAUCCCACCAGAUGUCAGGAAUGUUUUGAAGGGUAUGACUGCAGCAGCACAGACAACUUCAACCGAACCUGUGCCUUGGGAUACAAAGCCUGCUGCCACAGAUUACCAGCCAGUCCUCCCUGCUGCACCCCCAGCUCCAGUGAUUCCAAAGACUGUGGAUUAUGGGCACGGGCAUGAGCCUGGUACCACUGUUGAACGGAUCUCUUAUGGUGAGAGGAUUGUGCUGAGGCCUGACCCGGUGCCAUCGGACAGGGGUUAUGAAAAAGAACCUCUUGGUCCCAGAGAUCCUUACAGCAGAGACCCAUACUAUGAAAGGCGAUCAGACCCUUACAUGGACCGCCGGGAGUACAGCAGAGAGAGGGAGUUAUUCAGAGAAAAGCCUCCACCUGAAUAUGAAAGAGAAAGAUUUGAGAGGGAGCGCUUCCUCCCAAGAGAAAGAGAUGACAGCACACAGUCCAUGGUUGAAGAAAGAUCUCCACUUGCACCUCCUCUACGCUCAGGAUACAGAGAGAGGGACCGGGAUCUCCGAGAGUGUGACCGAAGUGGCAGUCGUGAUCGAGAUGAACACUAUGGAAGGCCUGGCUACGACAGACCUCCAUAUGAGCGCGCUGGACUUGAUCGCAGUGUGCCUGAGCGUUACAGCCACAGCUCCUCACCUUAUGUAGACAGAAGAAGUUUUCCAGAGGACCGGGGGCCUCCCACUGUACCACCUCUGCCACCUCCACCUCAGCCACCCCCACGAGUCGAGAAGAAGCCAGAAAUCAAGAAUAUUGACGACAUCCUCAAACCUCCUGGCAGAUUAUCUCGGCCGGAAAGGAUUGUCAUCAUAAUGAGAGGGCUUCCAGGAAGUGGAAAAAGCCAUGUUGCAAAGCUUGUACGGGACAAGGAAGUCGACUGCGGUGGUGCCCCUCCCAGAGUUCUUGUUUUGGACGACUAUUUUAUGACGGAGGUUGAGAAAGUUGAGAAAGACCCAGACACGGGCAGGAGGGUCAAAACCAAGGUUCUUGAGUAUGAGUACGAGCCAGAGAUGGAGGAUACCUACCGCAGCAGCAUGCUGAAAACAUUUAAGAAAACUCUGGAUGACGGCUUUUUCCCCUUCAUCAUUUUAGACACUAUUAAUGACAAAGUUAAACAUUUUGAUCAGUUUUGGAGCGCAGCAAAAACUAAAGGCUUUGAGGUCUAUCUGGCUGAAAUCACUGCGGACACUCAGACUUGUGCAAAGAGAAAUGUCCAUGGGCGCACACUUAAGGAUAUAAUGAAGAUGUCCAACAACUGGGAGCCUUCACCACGUCACAUGGUACGCUUAGAUGUCCGGUCCCUGCUUCAGGAUGCUGCUAUAGAGGAGGUUGAAAUGGAAGACUUCAAUCCCGAUGACGAGCCGGAGGAACCCAAGAGAGAGGAGGAAGAAGAGGGUGAUCUGGGCUACAUUCCAAAAAGCAAAUGGGAGAUGGACACGUCUGAGGCAAAACUCGACAAGUUGGAUGGCCUGGGGAGCAGUGGGAAGAGGAAACGUGAAGGUGAACACACGGCAGGCCUGGAGGACUACCUUCAGCUGCCAGACGAUUAUGCCACACGCAUGUCUGAACCAGGAAAGAAACGGGUUCGAUGGGCUGAUCUUGAAGAGCAGAAGGACGCAGAUCGAAAGCGCGCUAUCGGCUUUGUGGUGGGUCAAACAGACUGGGAGAGAAUAACGGACGAGAGUGGUCAGCUGGCACAAAGAGCUCUCAACCGUACCAAGUAUUUCUAAGAAGAUAAUCUUAUCCUCCUUUUUUUCCCUUCGUUGAAAGGCGUCCAGAACAUGAAAAUACUGAAGCUGACUCAUCAAGGUGAUAAUCACCAAUAGAUAUCAGAUUCCUAGUUGUUCAUUGAUAAGGAUACAGUAUAUAUUUUUUCUCCCUUAUUUUUAAAAGACACUGCUUCUUCACAAAUUAAUUUGUAGUUUAUGAUUCUGUGCUACUUCUGGUCAUGUAUCUUGGAUUCAGUCAUGUUCGUUGCUGUUUUAUACUCUUCAUGCUUUAUGUACUGUACACAUGUAGCACUGUUUCUUGGUCCGUGCAUACUUGACAAAAGACAAUAAAAGUUUCACAAAUUCACCUA